AUGGCUGAUGGAGACGAAAAGAGAUCAGGCACCUUCGCUAUCCCAGCGUCUACCUUCUAUAAAAAGAAUCCACUUAAGAGCUUCAAGAGACAGGAGUACAUAGUUAUAGAGGAGUUUCCUGAAUCAAGUGAGGAAGAGUGUGGUGACAGUAGCAGUGAUGAGGAUUGGAUUCCAGAACAGAAAGGUGCAAGCAGAGUAGCCAGAUCCAGCAGUGACAGCGAUGAGAGAGAUGAGGCACAGGAGGAAGAAUAUGAGGGUCAGGGAGAAGAAAGUGAGGCACAUGCGGCAGAAGAUGAGAGUCAGGAGGAAGAUGAGGCUGAGGAAGCUGAGAAUUCACCACCGCCCAGAGCUCAGGGAAAGAAAGCAAAAGGAAAAGGUGUCAGAAAUAUAUGGAAAGUUAUGGAUAAUGAGUUUGGAGGAGAUCUACCCACUUUCUUAGGAGAGAGCCAGAUGAAUGUAGAGGGAAGGGAUCCAAUAGACUUCUUCUCACAUCUUUUCACACAGGAGAUGAUAGACAACAUUGUCUUCAAUACCAACCUGUAUGCUUUCCAAAAAGUACAUGAGAAUCUGGGACUGACCUCUGAAGAGUUCAAAACAUUCCUGGGAAUGAACAUGGUAAUGUCCUACAUAAGGUACCCAAGAGCAAGGAUGUACUGGUCCUCAGAGCAAGGACUUCACCUUGAUUUGGUUGCCAAUGCCAUGACAAUCAACAGGUUUGAGAAGAUCAUGAGAUAUGUUCACUUUGUGGACAAUUACUCCAUUGACCCCGAGAAUGCAGACAGGUUUGUGAAAAUCAGAUCAUUCCUGAAUGCUCUCCAGGGCACAUUCAGUGCAUCGCUUGAUCCAGAGGAGUAUCAGUCUGUGGACGAGAUGAUGAUACCCUUCAAAGGAUGUCUGUCCAUAAAGCAAUAUGUCCCCAAAAAGCCGAAGCCCUGGGGAGUGAAGGUUUGGGUGAGAGCUGGGUCCUCUGGCUACAUGUAUAGCUUCGAACCAUACCAGGGUCCCUCUGGAGGACGAGGAGAAAUAAGCCAACUUGGAAUGGCUGGAGAUGUUGUGAUGCGCCUCUGUGAGGACCUGCAGGACCGAAACCACAAGGUGUUUUUCGAUAACUUCUUUUGUACCAUUCCCCUCCUCCAGGCUUUGAAGCAUCAAGGCAUCUUCGGCACUGGCACGUGCCGGAAGAACAGGCUCCAUGGAGCACAGGAAAAGCUAAAAACAGAAAAGCAGCUGAAGAAAGAGGGAAGAGGGUCUGUCUCGGUUGUGACGAGUACCCAAAACAUAACUGUCACACGCUGGAUGGACAGUUCAGUUAUCCAUAUGGCCUCUUCCUGCAGUGGUGUGUCUCCAACUGAUGAAGCAGAAAGAUGGAGCAAGAAAGAGAAGAAGAUGCUGAAGGUCCAAAGACCAUUUGCUGUAAAGCUCUAUAAUCAGCACAUGGGAGGAGUCGACCAGAUGGAUCAGAUGGUGGCAGCGUAUCCCCACAGACGACGAAACAAGAGGUGGUACAUCAGAGUCUUCUUUCACUUGGUGGACAUCGCAGUUGUGAAUGCCUGGUUCCUGUACAGAAUGUCUGGGAAUGAAGCAAAAGACCUCCUGCACUUCAAGGCAUCAACAGCUCGUGCUCUGAUCAAUGCAGGUUCUGUGACGAUUCGCUCCCGAGGCAGACCCAGCGCCAUUCCACCACCGUUGAAGCGAAGAGCUGUGGUCAAGGUUCCUCCUGAGGUCCGGUAUGCAGCUGGAAACCAUUGGCCCAAGCUCAACGUGACAAAUGCCAUGAGGUGCAGUGAUGAGAGCUGUCGCCGGAGAACCAAGUACAUCUGCUUGCAGUGUGUUGUGUUUGUGUGCCCUGAUUGCUUCGCCAACUUUCAUUUCAGGAGAUAA